AUGAGUUCUCUGUUCACAGCCACAGCUCCAACUCAACCAGAGAGGGCGCAAAUAUACUCUGCGCAUCUGCAGAGCACACUAUUACCGGAACUCGAUGUGACCAGACACGCUUUGAUUUCAGUGGAACAUGAUAUUUCCGAAUACGAUAAUCUUCUAAAUAAACUCGACCAACUCGAAGAGGCUGAUGAGAGGGGAAUAGAAACGCUAAGUGAACUUGGAGCGGGUGUAUGGGUAGAAACUAGAAUAUCCGAUACCAAGACUGUCACCCUCGACUUAGGUCUAGAUUUACAUAUGGAUAUGUCAUUGGCUGAAGCAAGGGAAUAUGUAAUCAAGAAGAUAGAUGUGUUGAAGAAAAAGCGAGAUAGUCUCAGUAAGAAAGAAGAAUUCUUGGUAUGGCAAGUUGGGCAGUUCCACGGAGCACUCUCUCAGUCUGGUGAAAAUCGGAUAUUGGGAAUAUAA